UUGAAUAUUAAAUGACCCCGAAGUGGAACAAAAACGUAAAAUGGUGACGUGGGUAGUUUAUGUUGGAUGCUGCUACAAUGUAACAUAAUCAAGUGCUUAUUGAGAGUUCUACUAAUACGCCAAGAUGAUCUGCAUUUUAAUAGUUGCUGGGCAUGACACGGUUUUGCAGGGACAGUUGAAGAAUGAUGAUACAGGUUUGUAUGGUCACCUAACUGGAGUUCCCAAGGCUUUGCUCCCUGGAGUAGGAGGAAAGAAAAUCCUGGACUUUUGGUGGGAAACUGUAAACACGAGACAGCUGUUCACUGAAGUCUAUCUGGUCACAAAUGCAGACAAGUAUAAACAUUAUGAGCGCUGGGCAACAGCGAAUGAUUUUCCAGUCGAGAACCUGGUAAAUGACGGAAGCACCACAUUAGAAGACCGUCUCGGUGCUGUUGCAGACCUUGAGUUAUCCAUUCGAAGCCGUGGACUGAAAGAUGACAUCAUGGUGAUUGCUGGAGACAUGCUUUGUGAUGACCGGAACUUUGAUAUAGCACAAGUGGUUCGUUUCUAUAGAUCAAAGCCGGGAGACCUUGUCAUAUACUAUGAAAUGGAGGAAAGUGAGAAGAGUGACUCGCGUGGAAUUGUGGAGGUGUGCUCAGACACACACAGGAUCACUUGCUUCCUGGAGAAGCCAGCAGAGGGCCUGACGUCAUCCCGGCUGGCCAGUGUAGUGUUCUACUGCCUGCAGAAGGACACACUCCCUUACCUCUCAGAGUUCCUCUCCUGUAACCUGGACAUCAGUGACCGCACCAUGGGAAAGUUUUGGGAGUGGUUCAUCAACACACAGAAGAUGCCUGUGUUUGGAAUGAAGCUGCCCACAGGGUUUCAGCUCAUUGGCCAAGUGGGGCUGUCAGAAUAUGCCAAAUGGUUGGCCCACUAUUCUGCCAAGCAACGUGAGUCUCCUGUCAAACCCAUUACAUGCCGUUCUUAUGCCAGAGUUGGACUGAUGGGGAACCCUUCAGAUGGUUUUAAUGGCAAAACCAUUGCCAUGUCCAUCUCUAACUUCUGGGCUGAGGUCACACUCCUGGAAAGCCAGACUCUGGUCCUUCUCCCUCAUCCACUCAAUGACCCCACAGAGUUUGGGAGCUUGCAGGACCUCUACCACAUCAGCAGGAAAGAAGGGUACUUGGGAGGUUUAAGACUAUUACAGGCUACCUGUAAGAAAUUCUGUCAAUUCUGCUCCAAACAAGGAAUUGCUUUGCGAAAGCAGAACUUCACUCUCAAAUAUGACACAAACAUCCCACGGCAGGUGGGGUUGGCUGGAAGUAGUGCCAUUGUAUCUGCGACCCUGAAGUGCCUGAUGAAAUUCUACAACAUCACAGACAAUGACCUUCCCAAACCAGUGAAGGCCAACUUCAUCUUAAAUGUUGAGACCGAUGAACUCUUUAUCACAGCUGGACUUCAAGACAGGGUGGUUCAGGUCUAUGAGGGACUGGUAUACAUGGAUUUCAGUGAACAGUUGAUGGAAGCAAAGGGAUAUGGGGAGUACCUCUGUAUGGGCAUGGACAGUCUUCCACCUUUCUGGUUGGCCUAUUUGGGAGAUCCCAGCGAUUCAGGACGAAUACACAGCAAUGUUAGACAGCGAUGGCUUAAUGGAGAGCCUGAAGUUAUCGAAGCCAUGAAGUCUUUUGCUGAGCUCACUGACCAAGCAAGGUCUGCCAUACAAAGCAAGGACUGGGUGAUGCUUGCUCAGUUGAUGGACAAGAACCUUGAGUUGCGAAGGUCCAUAUACACUGAUGACUGUUUGGGACCUGGGAAUCUUAAAAUGAUUCAAAUAGCAAGACAGUUUGGCUCUUCUGUGAAGCUGCCUGGCAGUGGGGGAGCUGUGGUUGGCUUGUGUUUGGAUCCUGAUCAGAUGGUUGAGAUGAAGAAGGCCUUUCAGGAAGCUGGCUGUGUAUUCUGUGUUUUAAUACCUUAUGAUCCCUCUUGUCCUUCGAGUCGGAAUCAAGACCAUAAAUCUAUAAAUAAUUAAGACAAAAUAUUAGAUAUGAACACAGGCACCUAUGUCAGAUAAUUGUGUUGUUGACAAGAUGCUGUCUGGUUUUGUAAGAAAAGCAAGCCUUGCUUGUGGCAGAUUUGGCCACGGUCCAAUACCAAAUUUUCAACAAGUCCUCAGAUGCUCAAAGUGCCAGAGUCAUGUCUUUCCUUGCAAGACUAGAUACAUUUUUCUACAUUUGUUUCCUAUGUAUGGCCAAUAUGCAUACAUGUAAUUGUACAUGUAGAUAAAUAGCAUAUGUUUUCCUUUUUACAUAUGUAGAUAUGUAUUAAGCCCAAAGAAUGUGAUUAUGAAGGGGGUAGGGGACACGUAUAUUACCAGUAUUGUGUAUGUUAACAUCUGUAUGUAUAUAUUUGUAUACAUGUAAAUACACCAUCAUUUUACUGGUUGGACUGCAUCAAAAGCAGGUGGACCAAAGUGGGAAAUCACCUUUGAUUCCAGAGCCACACAUAUGCUCAUGACACCAUAAAAAGAGUUUGCCACAGAGAGAUUUCCUUUCCUGUAAGGUGCUACAAAACAUAUUACAAACCAUUCUAUAUAUCGAUACAAACACAUACAAGCUGUGUUAAAAAGAUCAUAUCUUGAAAACAAUGUGAAAUAAAUUUAAGUGGCCUUGACUGUUAGUUAAAGUGACCUGUGUGAAUUAUCAGUGUUAAAUGCAACAAUCAUUAAACAUUUGUUUAUUGUAAUAAUGCAAUCAUUGUUUUUUAAAAAGGGGAAGUAAAGAUUCUGCAUUUCUCAAACAGAUAUUGUAUUAUACUGAUUUCGAUAAUAAAUGUUUUUCUUAAACGUUUAAAA